AUGAUCUCUACCAAUACACCCGCCAUCGGUGGUUGUAUCAAGGUCCUUAAGUGUGUAGAGGGCCAAUAUAACAAAGCAUUGAUCAUGACCCUGGAUAAUGGGCUCGGCGCCGAGUACAUUCUAGAGGAGAAAGCACGAGGAGUACCACUUGGAAACCUUUGGUAUGAUUGGGCAAUGGAGUCACGGCGCGAUCUCAUUGAUCAGCUGGUGGAUUUCGAAUCAAAGGUAAAAUCAAUCUGGUUUCGAAAACAUGGGUGUCUUUAUUUCAAGAAGGAUAUAGCCAUGAAGAGGGUUCCUUUUCGUGAGCCGGAGCCACUGCGCGAGACCUUCAGCGAGGCCACGGAAGAUAUCAACGCCGUGCUACUUGAUGACUUUGUCAUUGGACCGGUAACUGAAGCAGUCCUAUGGGAGGGCGAGAAGCAAUCGAUGGAGUUGGAUCGCGGCCCCUGGAACUCUCCCGAGUCCUAUUUUGCAGCUCUUACCAUUAAUGAAAUGCGGUGGAUGCAACUUCAUGCGAAACCCCGGGUAAAUCUAUACCGAUCGCUUGAUACCCCUGAAUACCCUGACGAUUACAUUUCGCUCUUAAAGAAAUUUUUACAGCUCGUAUCCCUCAUGUCUCCCGACCCUUCCCAAACCUCGUUAUCCCACCCUGAUCUUCAUCUUGAUAACAUAUUCGUUGAUCCGGGUACAAAAAAAAUCACCUGCGUCAUUGGCUGGCAAGCUGCCUCAAUAUCUGAACCUUUUCUCCAGCAACAUAUCCCACGCAUGCUGCUCCCGAUCGGCGGGUCCAAUUCCAGAAGCCCUGUUACGCCGGAAGACUCAAACGGCACCACAGAUUUACUUAACUAUUACCAAAAUCUCAGCAGGCGGAAGAACAAUCGCUGGUGGGCAGCAACGGGUGUGUCCAAUCAUUCGGUUUUAAUUGACACCCUUCGAUGCAUGUUGGGCACUUGGAACAAACGCGAUCUCUUCUCCUUCCGGCAUGCACUUAUAGGUAUAAUUGCCCGCUGGCAACAUAUUCAACAGACAUCAACCCCGUGCCCCAUAGAUUUCACACCGAGUGAAUUACAGCUUCACAGCGACGAAAUGGAACUCCUAGAGGGGCUUUCACAGGUUUUGCAUGGGCUUCAAAAUAACAAUUUAAUCUCAUUAGGCGGCAUGGUCCUCCGGGAGGAUUUUGAGCAAACUUCAGCAAUCAAUCAGAGAGUUAAAAAAAUGUUUAUCGACUUGGUUGAGUCACAAGAACAAAAGGAACUAUGCUCGCGGAUAUGGCCAUAUCAAGAUAGGGAGCAUUGA